AGCGGCGAAGCCCUGUCUGUCUAAAAGAGCAGAAUGGUUACAGAGUCGGUAGCUAUAUCAAUUAAUUUCAGGCCAGAAGCGGCCCUAUAGUCUAUCGGGUGCCAGUAGGUGCGCUAUGUAUUAUUGUCUACUAAACGAGCUUCAGUGAGAAUACAGUUAUGUCAACGAGUUAUUAUCACCCGAUGACCUUCUAUCCCGACUAUAUAGACAAUUAUCCGUAUAUCUAGAGAUGUUUCCUGCUCGCUCGUACAUUCCAUAUCGGGUCUAAUCUUCUUUCUGAUGUGUAUAACUGAAUGGACAGUACCUGGUUUGUGGUCACAGGAACUUGAAGACGAAAGUCCAGAUUCUCUGAGUGUAGUGGAGAGUGCCGCACAGAUUACUAGUCAGGAACAAUACUUUACUCGUUAGCUCAAGAAAUGCUGGACAAAAUCAUCGCACCUGUUUGUGUGUCACGCGAGUUUUAGGAUGCGGAACAUGGAGCUGUGCCGAAGUUAUCCUGUCGUAUUGCGUAGAAAAAUAUGACGAAUUCGAUAGUUGCAACAGUAUGACUCUUACCUAGAAUUGGGAAACUUAAGUUUGUUUAAAAGGAUAUUGUUGUUCACGUCCAUGUUUACUUUAGGAGAACAGCUUAUUAGCAGGCUUUUAAGUCACAUACGAAGUGUUCGCUGUGGAAACACUGAUAACAGUGAACGGAAAAAGCUCUUUUGAACCGAAACGGUAGAGAUAAGCCAAAUCUUAAACAAGGAAAAACAUGAAUAGCUAUUGAUUUUAGGGAUAGUUUAAAUGAAGGGCCGUCGUUUUGCUAAAGAAAUCAAAUAUCACUUCGUUGACAAUUAGCUAGAAAUGAAAUUCUUAGGAGUACCACAUUUGAGCAAUCCAUAAAGCUGCUUGAUAAUACCAACAGUUGCACACGAGUAACUGUUUUAAAGAAUUGAGCAUUAAUCGCAUGUAUGCACUUUUUUGAAAGUUCCAUGGCAAUACUGCCCAAGUUACAAUUUUUAAAGAUCAAGUGACUGAAUUAAUCAAGACGAUAAGCAGUAAAAGGUACCUCUUCAAACUACAAUAUAAAGUAUUGUUUCCUGCCUCUGUUGCGCUUCAUGGAAAAGCACUAUUGCACGUAGAAAACGCAUUUCUGGUCCUGCGUCCGAAUUGUGCAUCAAUAUAAUUUCAGGGUUUAUGAACGGUGAACGGGCAUUUCAAAACCUGUUGAAAUAUAAAAAAUAGUUUUCUAGCCCACGGUCUUAGAUAUUUGCAUACGUUAAAAAAUUUGAUGAAAAGAGAAGUUAGGAGAACUACGAUGGAAAUUCACAAUCUUUUAUCAAGACACAGUGUGGCUAUACACUGGAAAUUAGCCCCUGGAAGUUUGCAUAUGAAGAGUGCACUGACCGAAAUAUAAGUGACCUGUAUCUGUAUGUGGAACAGCAGAUCUUAGCAGCGAAGGGCACGACAAUAUUCGGACUUCUUAGAAUUAGACAUCAGCUCUAGCAUAAGUUCCUUGUUGACAUUUUUAGACGCCAGAACGAGGUUUCGUUGUAUUUCUGUUUUUUUGUUUGCUUGUGUAUUCGUUUUUAAACCGUCUGUUAGAAAUCAAUGGAACUUUGAGCUUCAACCGUAAAUAUGGACCGGCUUUAAUAAAAUUGUCAUAUGGAAGUUCAGUGCAAUGUUGCGUGCGAUGCCGUAAUAUAAGGAAGUCAAUAUUGGGCAACAGGUAGCUCACUACAUAUUGCCUCAAAUAUAUGGCAUAAAAAUGAAUUGUACAAUCUCAACACAAUGCUCUGUUAAGGCAAAAUCGAUAAAGAAUAUUUCACCGUUACCAGAGACACAGCUGCGUGUAAAAUUCCUAAGGAACUUAGUCUUUAAGUGCGUACUUUGCGCUAAUCACGACGAGAUUAUUUACAUUGGCAGAUUUGUAUUACGAUAGCACGCUGAGCAGCUUCACAUAACGCGUUGCUUUGAUGCAUUGUAUUAUCACAUUCAUUAUUUUUCCGCCGCUGUCCUAAUUUCACGUUUUUGUUAUUUCUCUAGUAUCCUAUAGCAGCGUAAUCACUUGACCAUUUAAAGGCUAAUUGCCUUAGAAACCUUACAGGCACCUGUGUUUCUGAUAAUGGCAAAAGUAUUGUUAAGUGAUUCUGCUUAAAUAGAGCUUUGUAUUGGGGCUCUAUAAUUUUCGCAUUCAUCUUGCCGACUACAGUUAUUAUUUUAUAAGAUAGAUUAAAAACAGUUAUUAGAAAACCAUUUUCAAAAACAUUCAUAAGCUCAACCGCCAGUUGUACUUCGAAGGCGAAAAUAUGUUAAAGUGGUUAGGUCGAUGCAAGAACUUCAAAGUAAGGAAAAUACAGGACGGGAUGGCUCGGAAGUACCGAUGAUCGGCUGUAUCUUACCAGAAUUUGGGAAACCGACAAAGUAAGAGCAAAUCCAGAACUAAACAAGGUUAAUUGAAAAUAUCAGCCCUACUGCAUUCGCCUGUUCAGACAGGCAGCGCUGAGGUUGUCUGAAGUAGCAGUGAUGGCAAAGUUUUUAUUGCUGCGGCCGAAGAACCUCUGUGUCUGCCUGAUCCUUCUUGCUCUGGCCACACUUGUCCUCAUCUUUCAGUAUCAGCAAAAUGGUACCCAGGGAACAAUAAGGUCUCGGCCAGUCGCACCAAUAGAGCGCUUAGCAGUAGACAAGUCGGCUGGUUCAGUGGAACCUGUCUCGCUGACCAAUGAAGCUGCGUCCAUAGACGACAAUGGUAAACGAAAAAAGGAGCAACAGAAUUUGAUUCUGGAAGCACCGUUGAAGAGAGAAGAGACACCUCACAGGAGCAGUAAUGGAGACAGACAGCAGCCAGCCACGAGUUUCAGGUCAUGGCUGUUUCAACGAAACAGAGAGGGUGUUGGCAAUGGUGAGAAGUUAAAUACCUGCCCGGUGACACUGGAUAAAAGCUCCGUUGACAUUGAUACAACAGAAGUUUUCGCUACCAAAUUAGACUUCGCGAAUGUCGAUUCGACCUACUGGAGCGCCAACUGGGAACGACGGUGGAACGAACGGAGACUCGACGUCAACAAUACAUCACCGCUUAAGGUGUUUGUCCUGCCCCAUUCGCACAAUGAUCCCGGUUGGCUUAAAACAUUUGAUAUGUACUUUCAACAGCAGACAUCACAUAUCCUCAACAAUUCUGUCAACUUCCUCGACAAUCACAGGGACUUUCGUUUCGUCUGGUCAGAGAUGUCGUUCUUUGCUCGCUGGUGGCAAACGUUGGACAGACAUCCGCAUUUACGACAAAAGGUAAUAGAGCUAGUGUAUGGAGGACAGCUAGAAAUUCUCACUGGUGGAUGGGUGAUGACCGAUGAGGCUGGCGUGCACUUGUAUUCAAUGUUUGAUCAACUCAUCGAGGGACAUCAGUGGAUUAAACAUCAUCUCGGAGACAAGGCACUUCCGCGGAACGGAUGGUCAAUAGACCCAUUUGGUCAUGGCAAUGCUGUUCCCUAUUUACUACGCCGUUCUGGAAUUCAUAACACGUUUAUCCAGCGUACACACUACGCUUGGAAAAGGUGGCUGGCCGAUAGGCAGCAACUAGAAUUCAUAUGGCAGACAAGUUUUACCCGUUCGGAUAGCCGAUCUAAUAGAAGCAAAUUAAAAGACCAAAUCGUGUGUCAUAUGGCACCCUUCGAUCUCUACUCGAUCAAACAUACAUGCGGACCCGAUACAAGCGUAUGCCUUCGAUAUGAUUUCCGGCGUAUGCUUGGCGAACAUUCUGAGUCACGCUCUGAGCCCGUGUCGGCGGCGAACAUCCAUCAGCUUGCCGUCGACUUGAUCGAGCAAUACUCAAAACUGGGCUCCCUCUACACACACAACAUCGCGCUCGUGCUGCUCGGAGAUGACUUUCGUUAUGACAGACGACAAGAGUGGGAACAGCAGUACAACAAUUACCGACAGUUGUUUAAUUAUAUAAAUGAAAAUCCGAAGAUUUUCAGCAGCGCUCACAUCGAAUUUGGAUCGCUGGCCGACUACUGGAAUGCGGUACACCGUCGGCAAAAAACCUUUCCCACUUUGUCCGGUGAUUUUAUGCCAUACGGAGAUAUCUACACCGAAGGUCAAGCGAACUAUUGGACGGGUUAUUUUACAACCCGACCGUUUGCGAAACAAUUAGCACGGGAACUGCAGCACUACCUUCGAACCGCAGAGAUCAUCUACUCGCUUGGCAGGCACCAUCUUUUAGGAACUGGCGGCCACGAGCAAUUACGAUCUCGCAUUGACGCCGACUACAUGCUUCUAAAUAAUGCGCGACAACAGAUGGGCAUUUUCCAGCAUCAUGAUGCAGUGACAGGUACCUCGAAGGCUCACGUUAUGAGAGACUAUCGCCAACGGUUAUUCCAAGGCAUAGAGGACACCCAAUCGGUAAUCGCUCACGUUAUGCAGUACAUACAAUCGAAGGCCAAGCCUGUAUAUCAGCCUUACUCAGGACAAGACACAUACAAUGACCGUUACCACCAGCAAGGCCAGAUGCCCUUUACAACAUACUUGCAACUGUCCGAAAAGAGAACUUCACUUGACGCUCUUCCCGUACGUAUACCUUUGAACCUUAACGCCCAUUUUUGGAACGCAGACAGUUCGGACUACCCAGCAAAGGCGCGGCGACCUGCGAAAGUAGUCGUAUUCAACAGUCAUGCGUUUGUCGUUCAAGAAGCGAUUCGUAUACAUGUAACGGAUUCGGUGCAAAAGGUGCUUGGGCCUGAAGGGCAUGAGCUGGAGUUCCAGUUAAAUCCUGUCUGGGGGUACUCUGCCGAACUGCCUACCGGUCUUUACGAACUCUUGUUUAUCGCUAAAUUAGCGCCUCUUUCAACAACAACGUUCGAGGUGAUUGGGCAAACAUUGGGUGAAAGGUCUGCUACGCCAGCGACCAGUAUAAAGGUGUUCAUGUCAGAUUCGUGGGAGUCGAAUUCGCCACCUGUAGCAAAGCCCACCCUGUCGAAUGGGCAUGUUUUCAACUUCGAAACAAGCAACGAUGAAGAUAUCACAAUGAUUAACGAGAAUGUUCAUGUGGUAUUUAGUCGAUCAACGGGCCUUCUCAAAAGCAUCAAUGGUCGAGACGUAUCGAUGGCGUUUGGAGCAUACCGGUCAGCUGACUUCCACAGUGGGGCGUACCUUUUCCGUCCUGACUUGAAGGAACCGCGACAAAAUGUUACAGGACGAUUUCCCGUUAUUCGACUGGUACGCGGCCCACUUAUGAGUGAAGUAAUCGUUGUUUACCCGAACACAGUGAUGCAACGCUAUCGAGUGUACCACAAAAAGAGUUCCGUAGGCGCCGCCCUGACCGCAGGCAUUGAACUUGAGACUAGUUUCGAUCUCUCUGUCCGACGCGAGUAUUUUGAAAUGUACAUGACACUGCAGUCAGAUCUUUCAUCCGGUCAAGAAUUCUUUACCGAUUCGGGGGGCUUUGAGACUCUGCGUCGACUUCGCAAUGACCUGUUGUCCGUUGAGGCAAAUUACUAUCCAAUGACGGAAGCCGUUUUUAUUCAGGACGAAGGUUCUCGACUCACACUGCUCGCCGAUCAUGCGCACGGAGUCACCUCGACUAAGCCAGGUCGCCUUGAAAUUAUGCUCGACCGCAAGUUACGCUUCGACGAUGCUCGAGGCCUCUCUGAGGGUGUGUCGGACAACCUUCACACACGGUCACGAUUUUGGUUGCUCAUGGAGACCCGAAAACAAGAUCAACAACCUUCAGUAAAUAAGUCCGCCUCAAAUAAACGUCAAGUGCCUCUGCUGAGCCGCACCGCUCACCGCCUCGCUAUCAUGUUAAACUUCCCGCCGGUUGUAAUGCAGAGUCGACCAAAUGCACUUCCACGUGACCUUCACACCGAGGUGAGUUUCCUGUUGGAGCCUGCGGACUGCGAUACGUACUUGCUUGCAAUGCGCACCCUUCCAUCGGAAGUAAAUAAUGGAGCUAGCUACCACCUGCCAUCGUUAGAUCGAACUCUGUUAGUACUGCAUAAUCGCGCUCCAGACUGCUCUAUUAGGACUUCGCCAGAUUUUCGGAACUGUGAGAUGUCAAUGGCAGGCACAGCAAAAAGGCGCCGAGGUUUAGCCUUUACUAAUGUUACCGUUUUAUCAAUUCGUAAAACUAGUCUCACAGGAACCAUGGAUGGAGAGUAUAUUUUGCCCGAAGAUAUUCAAGUGGAACCGCAUGAACUUGAGAGUUUCAUCGUAAGUUUUGCCAGUUCAGCUAAUAAGAACAACAGUAGUAAAAACGAUAGGGAGAGCAUCAUUGAUUUCGAGACACAAACAACAGGACCAUUGUUGUCUGGCUACAAGCAAUUUAAGUCAGCUGGUGUAAAUACAACGCUUAUCGGAAAGAGGGAGUCAACGUAGGUAUAGCUUCAGUUCAACAUAUAAAAUGAAAUCAGGGUGGAAUAUUUUUAGGGGAACAUCCCCGAAUUUGCUUCCUAUUGUAAGAUCAGAUCUAUUAUAACCGUGGUCUCUUGUAAUCUAUAUAGAAUUCGUAUGUUAAUUUAAGUUGUGUUUAAGGUUUAAAACAACCCGCAGUAGUCAAAAAUAGAACAUGUAUUGAACACAGAGUAGUCUAGAAACUAAGGGAAUAAGGCCCUAUUAAUAGGUGACACCACAGUAACUACAUACAUAGGAUUAGAUCAUAUUGACUAUACAAUAUGAUUUGAUGUUUGCGAUAUCGUUGUGUGUGUAACCAAGGUGUAUAUAAUGGAUCAUUACUAGGUCCACCCAACGGGAAAUAAGACUUCGAACUUUUUAGGUUCUUUCAAUUCUGGAUCUCUGUGGUUAGUGCAACUAAAUAUUCCUACACACAUAUCAGAGAUCUAUCUUACUAUACGGAUGUAUUGAUUAUAGCACGUCUUAUCGUUUUUGGCAGGAUGUGUUUAAAUGCUCGUACUUCAGUAGCGAAAUCUAUGUGGUACGUGUAGAAAUACAGGUUGUACCGAGAAUUUGCAGUUUUAUACCAUAAGGAAAUAAUGAAUAUUCGGCAAGAUCCUCCUUUUGAGCUCGUCAUGAACUACUUGGCAUCAAUUGAAAUGUUUUUCCGCUAUUUUACCUUCUGUUAGCUGGACUAGAUCAACUUACAUAUUAUUGGUCUGUACUAGAAAAAAUAUCUAAGACUGACAAAUAUACGAAAUAUCAGGAAGGUAGGGUAAUAAAAAUGAUCUACUCUAACCUCGGCCAAAAGCUGCGUAGCUAAAUUCCAAUUGUGAUCUUUUAAAAUAUUAAAGGAUUUUGCUUCAAGUUUAACAACUUGAUGAUUCAAUGCCAUUCGAUACAGGAACUUGCUUACAUAAUUUAUAGUUGAUUCGCUCCAAAGGUGCCUAUUAGGAGAAAGCACAAUGCGACGCUUUACUUGCCUAUCUGGCCAUAACUUCCGAAACGCAUGUUACUUAUAUUUUAGUGGAUUUAUCGAUAACCCUGAAGGUUAACUAUUCGGUUCUAGCAAGUAUUUGUGCAGAUCGAAUCGCCGGUAAGCAAUCCAGGGCUUUCGUUUAGCAAGUAACAAAGAACAGGUUGUCUACGCAUGAGCGGAGCCAAACUGAUCUAUAAGAGUAACUAAAAGCCGGAGAACGUACAUUCGACUAACGAAUAUUUAAAGCAACGCUUCUAAAAUCGAAUUAAAUUGCCUUUUUCAAAGACUGAUUUGUAGGACGGAUGCAAGAUGAGUAACAGGGGUCCGCCAAGUCUCAUCUGUUAGUCUUAACUCGUCCACAAUAUUAAGGCAGCCAUAUUGCUAUCUCAUGAUCGUACGAGUAGGGACGCGUUAUGUGCAAACCCAAAUAGCGAUUUCAACGUUUGCAGAUAACGUAUUUUGCGUCAGUUCGAUUCGACAUAGGUCAGGAACGAUUAGACCAUUGGUGCGUCGGGAAGUUAGUUCAGCUGAGUUAAAAAGUUGAAGUUGAUCACAGCGUGCUCAUAGAUCAACCAGCAACUAAUGUUGUAAGAGCAUCACCACGACAGACGACUACUCUAUGAUUGAGCUUUUCAUGUUUAGGAAACGUUGUUAAUACUUAAACUAGCGACACCGAUGUAUAACGAUUAUAAUCAUUCCCAAUUUUGUGAUGCGUCAACAAUAUAAAAACAAACGGUUCUACCACUAAUUUAAGUGAAGAACAAUUACGCCGACACGAUUUUACCUAUUGAAGACACACACACACACAUAUAUAUAUAUAUAUAUAUAUAACAACAUUGUACAUAAGCAGCACAAGAACUAACAACAUUGCAUUUGCGUUCGGCCAACUACUAGCAGUGAUGUGUUUGUGAACUGCGGCUGAAUAUUGGUAAUCUCGAACGGUUUAGCAUGAUAUAUUCAAUGUGAUAACAAAUAGCUAUAACUGUACAAAUUACACGCAUAUUUCAUGACAAUAAUAAUUCUAUUUUAUUACAGUUACGAUGAAUUACGAAGAGUGAAGAAAAAAAAAACAGACGGUCUAAAAAAGGUAAAAUUUCAAAACGCAUUUUAUACGUUUGAAAUAUUUACCUUUUUGUUUAUUCAUCAGGUUAUUUUGCUUGUUGUAUAUCACCUAGUUUUAUUAGUACAUGCGUAUCUUUUUUGCGAAUUCUUACUCGUGCGUUAUAAUCUGUCUAUAUUUUGGUCUCGUCUCAAUGUUGAUAGUCACCUAGCAGGUCGCCAAAAAAUUCAAACACGAUGUACUACGAAAAUGAAGCUUACCUUGGCACAGUGACCCCUUCUAGAAGGGUUCUUGUCAAUAUUUCUACCCGUUUUCAAAAAGGAUGGUUUACAAUUUUUGAUGACACGAUUAAAAGAUGGCGUCUGUAUAUGGAUAGAAUAGGAAAACACGAGCUGUGGAACAAUGUUUCCAGACCACAAAUGAACACUAAUGUAAUUCGUCUGCGUUGAUCCGCGUAUCAGAAGCUGUUACUUCACGUCUAUAGCUUUGAAGGUAUAGAAUAAUUGGGAGAAGCUUUAAACUAAAUACGAAUAAUGUCAGAUGCUGGCAGCAAGUACGUUUAUAGAACGAAGUAAAUGAUCCUUAUUAUGUAGGGGGUUAAGGGUGAAUAUUAGAAAAACGACUUCCAGCUAUAAAUUCUAUACACAGCGGCUUUAUUGCAGUUCGAUUGACAGAUCUUUGCAAGAGAAGUUUAGUUCUUUUACUUGGUAAGAUCUCGCAACAAGUGUUCUAAAAAAGAUUCUAGAAGAAGUUGUCGCAGCAGUCUGUUCGUCUAUGCUUAAUCGAGAGUAACGCGAUCGCUCAGCUUCUGCGAACACGAGACUGGAACCAAUUUGUCGCUACGACAGACGACCACAGCAGCGAACAUAGAUUUGUUUUGUUCACUCAAGGUAUACUAGGAUGCACUUUAUUAUAGUGUUCUUUAACUUCCCGAAACUGUAUUUCCUAAUAGUUGUAUAACGGGACCCAAGUGUAACACUCGUUCUUACUGAUGUUAAUAACACAAAAAAAAAAGAUGUUCGCGGUACUGAACCGCUAUUCGGCCUACUUCGGCGGUCGUUCUUAAAAGAGAAUCUCUUUUUUUAUUUUUCCUUUGAGUUCUAUUGAAAAGUUGUGAAGACAUUCGGCCAGGAAGCCUUCAGCGAGGCCACAGUAUAAUAAUGGCGCAAUCGAAUUAGGAGAUCGAAGGGCACAAAGCAGGCAACUGUAUUUUAGGAUCUCAACCGGAGAACUAAGUUGCUGUGAUCACUGAAACCUAUUGUCUAGAGGUUCCAGGCGGAUCUUUCGCAGAUUCCAGUUGCCGAAAUGUCGUUCCACGCGUAUUUCCAUGUGUUGUACAAUAAAGCCAUUGUUCGAUAUUCUUCUUCGUCUUCAACAUUUUCAUUCUAACAUGAUGACACGUCCUUCGAGGAAUCCUACAUUACGUAGAGCCGAUAGGAAACGUGUUUUCUAUGCCGUUGUGUUUCGAUGGUCAUAGCAACUUAUUCACUCGUUUCUCCGUUCAAGGACCUAAGGUCCAAUGAGCCCCUUUAUUGUGUAAUUUUCAUGCUUGAUAUGUUUGCACCAAUAAUCGUAAAUAACUGUCGUUUUGUUAAAAGCAUCUUUUUCCAACAUUAAGUUGAUAUUCACCGAAAGCUGAAUGGUAUAGCAGGUUUGAUCAAACCUUGUUUUUGGGCUUUAACGCACGAUCCUGCAUCUUUGUUGUACCUUAGAUAUUUUCAUAAACAGACAAUAAAUGAUUAAAAUAUUAUUGGUCAGCAGCCGGUUUACGAAUAACGGUCCAUUCCUUUGCAAAUAGCUUAAGGCUAAUAUGGGUCAAGGUUAUCGAGUAAUUCUAAUUUUCGAGAAAAUAUAUUCAUAUAGAUAUAGCGUUGUUUUAGGAACAUCGAGACUUUAAAGAAAUAAAAUCCUUUAAAGGCCAGAAUAAAGGCCUUAAAAUCCGUUUAGGCCGGAAAGUGUUCAUUGUGCAGCUGCAUGCUUGCCACUUACCAAUUUUUGCCGUCAAAGCAGAGUGCGUCAGUUCAAAAGAGCAAGAUUUUUCUUUAGCUAAUUUUUAUACGCAGCUUUUGCAUAAUCUGUUUGUAACUUUAGUCAUGAACAAGACAUACAGAUAGAUAUGUUGAGAAGUAUCGCAUAACUUAGAUUUUUCUUAUUUCGUUUAGGUUCUAAGAAAAGAUGGUAAACUUAAAUUAUUAUUAAACUAGACGCUAGUCGUUGUUUUCGUUUGGUC